UUAGUGGUAAUGGAUAGCUAUUAUAGUCACCUCUAAGACAAGAAACAUUGAUUGCAAGAAGCUCAAGCAGGUCAAGUCAAGACUUACGUUCGUUUUGGUUCGUUUACACAUUUGUCUUUACACACAAAACAAAUUCAUUACCCUGCAAGUAAUCCUGUUCCCUUCUUCACCCACCUAGAUUUUCCACGAAAAUGAGGCGGGCUGGCAUUUCUUGUUCAAGUCUUUGAGUAAAAGGUCCUUUUUUGGCUUCACUGUCUCUAGCUUGUUGAGUGCCUUUAGCAUUCUGCAGCUAAAUUCCUGCUGCUAUGGCUACAGCCUUCCUGUUGCUAUUCUUUCUAGUUUUCUUUGCUGCGUUUCAUAUCAUCUUUUCAUCUACGGACCCUCGUGACGCUGCAGCUCUCCAGUCUCUGAAAAAUGCUUGGCAAAAUGUUCCACCGAGCUGGGACAGUGGAGAUCCAUGUGGAACACCCUGGGAAGGAGUUAAAUGCAAGGAUUCAAGGGUCACUGCAUUGGGGUUGUCAACCAUGGGUCUUAAAGGGAAGCUAACUGGUGAUAUUGGGGGAUUGACCGAGUUGAUAUCAUUGGACCUGUCAUUUAACCCAAACCUCACAGGAUCUCUAACUCCACGGUUAGGAGAUCUGCAAAAUUUGAACAUCCUAAUCCUUGCUGGCUGUGGCUUCACUGGCAGUAUUCCAAAUGAGUUGGGCAAUCUUGCUGAGUUAUACUUCUUGGCCCUCAACUCUAACAACUUCACAGGCAAUAUCCCUCCAUCUUUGGGAAAGCUCUCCAAAGUCUACUGGCUAGACUUGGCAGACAAUCAAUUGACAGGACCUAUCCCAGUUUCAACGCCCUUCACCCCAGGCCUUGACCUCCUUCGAAAGGCUAAGCACUUCCAUUUCAACAAGAACAAGCUUUCAGGCCCCAUUCCCCCCGAACUUUUCAGCCAUGAUAUGAUACUAAUACAUGUAUUAUUUGAUGGAAAUCAACUUAAUGGAACUAUCCCAGAUUCAUUAGGAGAAGUUCAGACCCUUGAGGUUCUUCGACUUGAUAGGAAUUCUUUAACAGGAGAAGCUCCAACAAAUUUAAAUCAUCUCACAAACCUUGUUGAAUUGAAUUUAGCACAUAAUCAGCUGAUAGGCCCUUUACCGGACUUAACUGGAAUGAAUAUGCUUAAUUAUGUAGACCUUAGCAGUAACUUUUUUGUCACAUCAGAAGCUCCUGCAUGGUUCUCAACCUUACCAUUUCUGACCACAUUGGUUAUAAAACACGGAAACCUUCAAGGGCCUUUACCAUCAACAAUCUUCAGUUACCAGCAGAUAGAGCAAGUGUUGCUGAAAAACAAUGCAUUCAGUGGCCAACUAGACAUGGGUGAAAUCAUUGGUCCAAAACUUCAACUUGUAGAUCUGCAGAACAAUAACAUUUCCUCUGUGACAAUAACUACUAAAUACACGAGUAAACUAAUACUUGAAGGAAAUCCAGUGUGCUCUGCUCUCCCAGAUACUAAUUACUGUCAAUUCCAGCAGCCAAUUGCUAAGGCUUAUUCCACUAGCCUGGCUGAAUGUGGAAAAACACAAUGUCCUGGUGGACAGAAGCUCAGUCCUCAGAGAUGUGAAUGUGCCUAUCCUUAUGCAGGGACAUUUUACUUCAGAGCACCCUACUUCAAGGACUCAUCCGAUGUGAAAAGGUUUCAAUCGCUGGAGAUGAGCCUUUGGGUAAAAUUGGGCCUCGCACCUGGUUCUGUUUUGCUUCAGGACCCCUUUUACAAUGUUGAUGACUAUCUUCAGGUGCAGCUUGCACUAUUUCCGCCUAGUGGAAAAUAUUUUAAUAGGACAGAAAUUAUGAGGAUUGGGUUUGACUUGAGUAAUCAAACCUACAAGCCUCCCAGAGAGUUUGGACCCUAUUUUUUUGUUGCAUCUCCUUAUCCUUUCCCAGAUGAAGAUAGAGGAACCUCUAUCAGCUUUAUUGCAGUUGCUGGAAUAGGUAUUGGCUGUGCCCUUCUAGUUCUGGGCCUUGUUGGAGUGGGGGUAUAUGCAAUUCGGCAAAAGAAACGCGCAGAAAAAGCACUCGGAUUGAGUAGACCAUUCUCAUCUUGGACUCCAAGUGUAAAGGCCAGUGGAGGAGCACCACAAUUGAAGGGAGCAAGAUGGUUCUCUUAUGUUGAACUUAAGAAGUGCACUAACAACUUCUCUGGAAAUAAUGAGAUAGGUUCUGGAGGCUAUGGCAAGGUUUAUAGAGGAAUGCUUCCUGAAGGGCAAGUAGUGGCAAUCAAAAGAGCUCAGCAAGGAUCAAUGCACAGCGCUCUUGAGUUCAAGACUGAAAUUGAGUUGCUAUCCAGAGUCCAUCACAAGAAUCUUGUUGGUCUUUUAGGUUUUUGUUUUGAACAAGGAGAACAAAUGCUGGUUUAUGAAUUUAUGGCCAAUGGAACACUCAGGGAAAGCCUGUCAGGGAGAUCUGGGGUUCAUCUUGAUUGGAAGAGGAGACUGCGCAUUGCUCUCGGUUCAGCUAGAGGACUAUCAUACCUCCACGAGCUUGCAGAUCCUCCUAUAAUCCACAGAGAUAUCAAGUCCUCCAACAUUCUGCUGGAUGAAAAUUUAACUGCAAAAGUUGCAGAUUUUGGCCUGUCAAAGCUGGUAUCUGACAGUGCAAAGGGGCAUGUUUCAACACAAGUUAAGGGCACCCUGGGCUACCUGGAUCCUGAGUAUUACAUGACCCAACAGUUAACAGAAAAGAGUGAUGUCUACAGCUUCGGCGUAGUAAUGCUCGAACUGAUAACUGCUAAGCAACCGAUCGUGAAAGGAAAAUACAUUGUUCGCGAAGUACGGAAGUCAAUAGACAAGAAUGACGAAGAACACUAUGGAUUGACGGGAAUGAUGGAUCCAGUGAUUAGAAACUCUGGAAAUCUUGUUGCGUUUGGGAGGUUUCUAGAGUUGGCAAUGCAAUGUGUGGAAGAAUCAGCUGCAGAACGUCCAACAAUGAGUGAAGUGGUGAAGGCAAUAGAAAUUAUACUACAAAAUGAUGGGAUGAACACAAACUCAGCCUCAGCUUCUUCAUCUGCAACUGAGUUUGGAACUGCAAGAGGAGCCCCUAGCCACCCUUACAAUGAUGUGACUAAGAAGGAUGUUAGUGAUUUCUAUGGCUUUGAUUACAGUGGAGGUUACUCACCUCCCACAAGAGUGGAACCCAAGUAGCAUCACAUGCUUUGCCAUUGAAAUUUUCCUUCUUUCUGCGCAUAUGUACAUAUAUGUGUGCUACUGUGCUAGGAUAAAACUAUGUCCUAUUACCAUUAGGUCUACUUUUCAUUAUAAUUUUUUUUUAUUCCUCAUGAAAAUUGUUUUUGAAUUUGUUCAAUAUGCCCAAUUAGUAUGCCUUAUAUGUAUUUUUUUAAUGAUAAAUUAUUAGAUACAUGGCAAUGUAAGGCAACUUUAAGGUUUUUUUUUAAUUUUUUAAAUAAAAUUAUUGAUUUGUUGUGA